AUGACUCGAUCUGGCAGGAAAAUAAUUAAGGAUAUGAAUGAUCUGAUUACAUGUUCCUUGUGCUCUGGCUACUUAGUGGAUGCAACCACCAUCACCCAUUGUAUGCAUACAUGUUGCCCGAAAUGUCUCAAGAGAACAGCGGCAUCAUCAAAUAGUGAUGCCAAAAAAAACAACUACACAACAACUACCAGUAAGAAAAUAAAAUUAAGAUCAGACAAAACGAUGCAGAACCUCGUCUACAAAAUGGUCCCCGGUCUUUACCAAAAUGAACUGAACAGGAGAAUCAACUUUGCAAAACUUCAUCCAAACUGGGGUAUAUAA